AAACAGAUCUGGCUGGCCAUGAGCUGUGCUAUUCUAUAAACAACCUCAGUGUCCCACACUGAAUAACUGCAGAGCACACUCAGGAGCUCUGGACAUUUGUGUUCUUUAGUAGUAGGAGAAGCUUAAUGUCAACAAUAUGGGGCAUCAGGUGAUAAUAUUUGACUUUUCAGUCAUAAGAGGACUGUGGGAAACUCGAGUUAAGAAGAACAAAGAACGUCAGAGGAAGGAGAAAGAAAGAUUAGAACAAAGUGCAUUGGAGAAGAUAAAACAGGAAUGGAAUUUUAUACUAGAGUGCCGUAAGAAAGGUAUUCCUCAAUCAAAAUACCUCAAGAAUGGCUUUGUAGAUGUCAAUGAGAAGAACCUGGACACCCAUGGAAAGAAUCCUCUGCACAAGAAGAGUCAUGCCUUGUCAGAUGGAGCAAAAAAAGAACAAAACAAGUAUAUUUUUCGGCUUUCUGGAGAGCAGUGGACGGAACUCCCAGAUUCUCUGAAAGAGCAGACCUAUCUGAAAGAAUGGCAUGUGUACAAUACAUUGAUACAAACCAUUCCAGCCUACCUUGCACUAUUUCAAGAUCUGAGAGUGCUGGAAUUGUCAAAAAAUCAAAUCAACCAUCUUCCAGCAGAGAUUGGCUGCUUAAAAAACCUCAAAGUGCUCAAUGUGAGUUUCAAUAAUUUGAAGUCAGUUCCUCCAGAACUUGGUGAUUGUGAGAAUCUAGAAAAACUGGAUUUGUCUGGAAAUAUGGAAAUAACAGAACUCCCAUUUGAACUAAGUAACCUGAAACAGCUCACAUUUUUGGAUGUGUCGGCAAACAAGUUCCAUUCUAUUCCAAUUUGUGUACUCCGGAUGUCUAAUUUGCAGUGGUUGGACAUUAGCAGCAACAGCCUGAAAGAUCUCCCAGAAGACAUAGACAGGUUAGAUGAAUUGCAGACCCUUCUCCUACAGAAAAACAAGUUGACUUAUCUUCCACGAGCUCUUGUCAAUAUGCCAAAGCUGAGUUUGCUAGUUGUCAGUGGUGAUGACCUGGUUGAGAUACCCACAGCCAUCUGUGAGUCAACCACAGGUUUAAAAUUUGUAAGUCUCAAGGACAGUCCAGUUGAAACGAUUGUGUGUGAAGACACUGAAGAAAUUAUAGAAAAUGAACGUGAACGUGAGCAAGUUGAGAAAGAGUUUAUGAAAGCAUACAUUGAAGAUCUAAGGGAAAGGGAGUCUACUCCUUCCUACACUACAAAAGUCAUGCUCAGUCUCCAGCUCUGA